ACUUUGUUUGAAAAGCAAACUAAAUUGUUUGUUUACUGUCAUAGUCGCGUUUCGAAACGCUGCUUGGAUUUCGGAACGAAAUGAAUGUGCUUAGAAAUGUGAAGUUUGUCUAUCAAGCUGCUAAUAACAUCCUUAAGUUAAAUACCAAUUCCCAUGUAGGAAAAACAUGUUCAGUAAUUCUUACCAGGAAUUGCUCAAAUUCCAAAAGUAGCCAAACUGAAGAAAAAGCUCUACAAAAAGAAACAAGUACAGAAGAUUGCGAGGAUAUGUUUAUUUCUGACAUUGAGAAUCCAUAUAAACCUAAGAAAAGAUUAUGCAUCUUGUGUAAAUACAAAAUACCAGUUGAUUACAAAAAUGUUCGACUCCUUAGUCAGUUUAUUUCACCAUAUACUGGCAAGAUCUAUGAGAAGCACAUUACUGGAUUAUGUGAUGCCCAGCAAAAACGAGUAGUUGCAAUGAUACAGGUAUCUAGGAAUCUAGGUUACAUGGGUACCUUUUUAAAAGAGCCAAAAUAUUUGAAAGAUCCCAAGCUGUUUGAUCCAUUUUCACCAACAAGACCAAAUCCACAUUAAAUUUUGAGUUGUUAUAACAGAUAUAUUAUUUUAAACUGUGAAUAACAUGUAUAAAAUGAUAUUCGUUUAAGAAUAUAAUCUGUAUGAUUGCUCAACAAGAUGAAAUUCUUUUGAGCAGGUAGUUUUGUUUUAAAACUUCUUAAUAAAAGAAAUUAUUUCUAUGUUAUUUUAA